CAAUUAUCAAGGUCGCAAUGUGAAUAGGGGGGUUUGAGUGUAAUCUGUAUUCAUGCUUUAUGCUCGAAGCCUAUGUACAAGUUUAGCCUGUGUUCUGAAAAACAUGAAUAAACGCGAAAGAAAGAAUGCUAAAAAGGCUGCAGCUAAAGUUAUAUUGACUAAGAAACGACAAGAGAAGAAACGAUUAGCGACUGACUUUGUGCAUUACGAAAAUUCCAGCAUCAGUGACUACUACAUUGAUGGGAUAUUUAGAAAGGUUUUCCCCUAUCAUUUCGUCUUCAAAGCUUAUGCAAAGGACAGGUGGAUUAAUCGUAAGCUCCGUGAUGUCCUGCAGUCUGAAUUUAAUAAUAAUUCUGAUGAAGUAAUCGCACAGAAAUGUGAAUCAGGUGAAAUCCUGGUAAAUAAUGCAAAAGUCGACCCUGACUAUGUUAUAAAUGACAGUGAUCUCCUUUCUCAAAAGGUUCAUCGCCAUGAGUGUCCUGUACUAAAUCUUCCCAUCGAGUUUGUACACGAUUCAGACGAUAUUCUAGUGGUCAAUAAACCUCCCUCCAUACCUAUUCAUCCUUGUGGCCAGUACACACUUAACAGCAUCACACACAUUUUGGCCAAGGAUUAUGGUCUUCGUCCUCUACGAUUUACCCACCGCCUUGAUAGAAUGACCUCUGGAUUACUUUUAAUCGCCAAGAACUACGACACAUCUGUACGUCUGCAAUCACAAAUUAGUAGUAAGGAGGUUGCAAAAUAUUAUAUAUGUCAUGUCGAAGGCUGUUUCCCAACCGAACCAAUCAAUCAAUGUACUGGCUUUGAGAUAAACAAUGGAGUAGUGGUUUGUAGCCAACCUGUCGGGCCUAUCAGUCGUAGAAUGGGUGUACAUGGCGUUGUACCAGAAUCAGCUGGUGGGAAGUUCGCUCGGACACAUUUCUUACGCUUAAACUACAAUCCCGUCACGAAUACAAGUCUAGUCAUAUGUCGUCUAUUCACUGGGCGUACACAUCAAAUCCGAGUACAUGUGCAGUACUUAGGUUAUCCGAUUGUUGAUGAUCCCCUAUACAAUUCAGCUGAUUGGGGUGAAUUAAAAGGGAAAGGUGCUAAUUAUGGAAUGACUCUGGAAGAAGUUGUCCAAAGAUUGAGUGAUUCUCGUAACAGGGAAAAGUACAGAAUCCAAGAGACCGAUGAAAAGUUGGAAAGUUCUCUUGAUCCAAAUGUAUUAGAGCGUCUGCAAUUGUGUAAAGAUCCCUUAUGCCCUGAUUGCAAGCUUACUUUCAAGGAUCCAGAAAUGAAUAACUUAAUACUACGACUGCACGCUUAUCGUUAUAGUGGAUCUGAUUGGUGCUAUUCUGCACCUUUACCCAGUUGGGUUAUAAAUGAGAAUGUACCAGACUUGCAUGGUGCAAUAGAAGAGGCAAUGAAACAGUUAUAAAUAUUUGUGGUCAGGCAUAGAAUGUAUUUCAGUAGAAGAUUGAUAAGGAAAGAACGGGAACGGAACGCAAUUGGUAUGAAAAUGCAUGAACGAUGAAAUCUGAGACAAUGGACUGAUAUUUACAAAAGGAAAAGUCAAGUUUGAGACGAUGGAUUGAUAUUUUGUAAAUUAACUUAGUGUCAGUUAUUAUGUCAAGCCCAUAUACCUUAUUCUUCGUUUCGGACAGACCAUUUCAUUCAUUCUACUUGAGUCACAUUCUGACCUUGUUAUUUAUUCGCUUAUCAAUCUUGGCUGUUUUUAUAUGAGCGCGUAGGUGUGUGUACAUUUCUUAUCCCAUUACUCAUCACAUAUCUGUAACUUACGUUUGUGUAACCAUAAGUAUUGAUUAAUGCUUGGUUAAAUGGGAGUUGGCUUACCAGCCAUCUCCACUCUGCAUUGUUUCUCUUCUUUCUAUUCCAUUCGCUUUAUAUACAAAAUAUAAGUAUUCACAAGUCCAUUCUCGUUAUUCGACUUAUUUAAUUCCGUUAUUGAUUAACACAAUUUAAGUCGAUGACUAUAUACGAGGAUAGGCGAUAACAAACAUUCAUACGAUCUAAUUGUAGUCAGAUCUCGAGCCACUAAAGUGGAGAGCCCUUUCGACAACAACGUCCGAUCUAAAUGACGACAAAAAUAACGGGCCCCACAAACUAUCUACUAUAUGAUUCUCAGAUUUUAUUGAGAUGCUCUGUAAUUUCGUAUCAAAUACACUAAACUGUUCCCACUCGUGUACUUGUUCACUAUAUUCAACAGAAUUUUAUUGCCAAUAUUAUUGUAAUUAUUAUCAUACUGUAGAAGUACGUAUAUAUUUGCCGAAAACAGAACUCUCCACUGAACUAAUCUUUCUUAUUUUAUGUCUCAAUGAGCGUAUUCUAUUUACUAGAAACUGUUGUAAAGCUCGGUUUUAGUUUGUCUAAUGUUAUAACGGUUGGGUUUCCACUUUUACACGAAUGGGACGUAAAUUACCUUAGACGAAUAUCUACAUUAUAUUCCCUCCUAGUGUCUAUUCUAAAGGAUAUCAACAUGACUCAGAUCAAGAACACGUGAUUAGCCUGGCCACAACGUAAAUAUAUUUCCACACCAAAAACCCGACACAAUCCAACAACAAUGAACAAUCAAUAAUAAGUCAGUAAUGAUAAUAAGGAUAGGGGGAUAUAUAACUCGUCUGACACCUAUCCGACUAUCUACAUGUCUGACUAAGCAGACAACCAAUUAUUAUCAUUCUCGCCCACACAUCAGAAACACACUGUGUCAUGAAGUUAUUGUUAAAAUGGUAUAAAAUUCGAGAUCACAUCGUAAUUCAGUAUGAUAUUUAAAAUGGUAUAUUUUUGUCCAGUAUAUUUGUGGUGAGACUUUGGUUUAUGUACGACCCUGGAAAGAUACUAAAGUGACCUCGAGAAAAUCCACCUACCUACUACGAUCGGAAGAAGGCCAUAAAUCCGUGUGAAAAAUUAGGAUCGGGAUUUAGAGUUAGGAAUUGAAGUUAUC